AUGCCCAUGGCCUCAGGGUGGAGGUCAGUGGGACUCAAGAGAGCGGGUGGCCUGGCGCUGCUUCUCUCUGACCCGCUGCCGGUCCCCGGUCCCCGCAGCCUGCGGCGAGAGGGCUACACGGUGCAGGUCAACGUGAACGACUACCUGGACAUCUACUGCCCGCACUACAACAGCUCGGGGCCGGGCGGCGGGGCGGAGCAGUACGUGCUGUACAUGGUGAGCCGCGCCGGCUACCGCUCCUGCAACGCCAGCCAGGGCUUCAAGCGCUGGGAGUGCAACCGGCCGCACGCGUCCCACAGCCCCAUCAAGUUCUCGGAGAAGUUCCAGCGCUACAGCGCCUUCUCUCUGGGCUACGAGUUCCACGCCGGCCACGAGUACUACUACAUCUCCACGCCCACCCACAACCUGCACUGGAAGUGUCUGAGGAUGAAGGUGUUCGUCUGCUGCGCCUCCAGUGAGCAUCGGAAUUCCGGGGAGAAGCCGGUCCCCACUCUCCCCCAGUUCACCAUGGGCCCCAAUGUGAAGAUCAACGUGCUGGAAGACUUUGAGGGAGAGAACCCCCAGGUGCCCAAGCUUGAGAAGAGCAUCAGCGGGACCAGCCCCAAGCGGGAACACCUGCCCCUCGCGGUGGGCAUCGCCUUCUUCCUCAUGACACUCUUGGCCUCCUAGCUCUGCUCCCUCCCUUGAUGGGGGGCGAUGGGGCGGGGGCGGCCCAGAUAGGGAGACGUUGGCCUCUCCAAGGGAAGCCUAGCCCAGAGGCCUAGACCCUCCUCCAGUGGCUGAAAGUGGGGUCUGCACCAUACAUCUGUGCCCAUCCCUUCUGCCCCCUCCCUCCACGUGUCACUGUAGUGGACCAGGCACAGGGAGGCCAUGGGUCCCAGUGGCCUUAUGGCUUGGGUAAUGUUUGGUACCAAACUGGGGGGCCAUAAAAGGUAGUGCUCAGGACUCCCUGACCCCUGGUGCCCUCCUCUUUUGUCCCCCCAGAGAGACACAUAUGCCCCAAAGAGAGCAAAUUGAAGCGUGGGAGACACCCCACCCCUCUCUUCCAGGGGCAGAACACAGGGAGGGGACUCGAUGGGCGAGGGGGUGGCAUCACCCGCUGCCCCCUUACCCUGUUUACAGCAAUAAGCACGUCCUCCUCCCCCCCCCCCCACUCCCACUCCCAGGAUUGUGGUUUGGAUGGAAUCCAAGUUUACAAGUAGACACCCCUGGGGGGGUGGGCAGUGGAAAAGGGUGACAAGGGGUGGGCACUGGGGUGCCAGGCAGGCAUGUACAGCUCUAUAUCUCUAUAUAUAUGUACAGACAGACAGAGUCCCUCCCCUCCUCACCCCCCUGACCUUCCUUGACUUCCCCUUCCAACUUCAGACCCCUUCCCCACCAGGCUAGGCCCCCCACUGGGGGGACCCCCUGGCCCCUCUUGUGUCUUCUGUGAAGACAAGACCUAUGCAACGCACAGACACUUUUGGAGACCGUGAGACAACAACGCCCUCCCCCUCCAGCCCUGAGCCAGGACCCAGCUCCCAGGACCUUACUCUGUCCAUCCUCUGUGGUCCCCACCCACCCUCCUGGGCCUUUUUCAAGUGCUUUGGCUGUGACUUUCAUACUCUUGCUCUUAGUCUAAAAAAAUAAACUGGAGAUAAAAAUAA